AUGCGGGAGGUGUGCGCGGGCUGCGAGAGCCCCAUCGCCGACCGCUUCCUGCUGCGCGUCAACGAGCGCUCGUGGCACGAGGGCUGCGUGAAAUGCGCCGCGUGCCUGCAGCCGCUCUCGGGCACCUGCUACUGCCGCAACCGGCAGCUCUACUGCAAGCACGACUACGAGAAGCUCUUCCAGACCAAGUGCAGCAGCUGCCUGAAGGCCAUCGCGCCCUCGGAGCUCAUCAUGCGCGUGCUGGAGAACGUCUACCACGUGCACUGCUUCUGCUGCUGCGAGUGCGAGCGGCGGCUGCAGCGCGGCGACGAGUUCGUGCUCAAGGAGGGCCAGCUGCUCUGCCGCAGCGACUACGAGAAGGAGAAGGAGAUGCUGAGCGCCAUAAGCCCCGCGCCCACCGAGUCCGUGAAAAGCGAGGACGAGGACGGGAGCCACGCGCACAGCAAGGGCGGCGAGGAGAGCAAGGACCACAAGCGCUCCAAGCGCCCGCGCACCAUCCUCACCACGCAGCAGCGGCGAGCCUUCAAGGCCUCCUUCGAGGUCUCCUCCAAGCCUUGCAGAAAGGUGAGAGAGACCCUGGCGGCUGAGACGGGCCUGACCGUGCGCGUGGUCCAGGUCUGGUUCCAGAACCAAAGAGCCAAGAUGAAGAAGAUCGCGCGCAGGCAGCAGCAGCAGCAGCAGCAGCAGCAGCAGGAGCAGGAGCAGCUGGGCAACCCGCGCCUGGGCAGCGCGAGAGCGACGGGGCGCAGCAGCCGGCAGAGCAACGAGGACAGCGAGGACGGCGGCAGUGUCCACGGGCUGGACGGGCUCCUGGUGCCCUACGCGCGGCUCCCGCAGCAGCCGCUGCUGCCCCUGGAGCAGAACGGCUACAGCACGGACCUGUACAGGCAGGGGCUCACGCCGCCCCAGCUGCCCGGAGACCACCUGCACCCCUACGACUCCGAGGGAGUUUUUCAUGACAUGGACAGUGACAGCAUCAGCCACCUGGGAGACUGCCUGCUGUCCACAGCCGAGGCCAACCUCCUCCAGGCCCGCGUGGGCAACCCCAUCGACCGACUCUACUCCAUGCAGAGCUCCUACUUCACCUCCUGA